AUGACCCUUCCACCCCUCCCCCUCCCCCCAGGCGUAACAAGCCGCUACAUCCCAACCCGGGACUUGAACAUCCACAUUCUGGAAUCAGGUCACGACCCCCAAACCACCAAACCCCUAAUAAUCCUCCUCCACGGAUUCCCCGAGAUCGCCUACUCCUGGCGCCGGGUCCUCCCCCAACUAUCCCAAGCAGGCUACCACGUCGUAGCACCGGACCAGCGCGGUUUCGGCCGCACAACAGGCUGGGACAACAGGAGCUACUCGCAAGUCGAUCUAGCGACAUUUUCGCUCUCGACUCUCGUACGCGAUAUCGUACUCCUCGUUCAUGCCCUGGGCUAUCGCAGCGUUGCCUGCGUCGCGGGUCAUGACUGUGGUGCCGUGUCGGCAGCCAUGUGUGCACUCAUGAGACCGGAUUUCUUUCACUCUGUCGCGCUAAUGAGUCACCCCUUCAAUGGGAGUCCGGAGCUGCCGCUGGGUGUGGAUGGGGGUGCGGUGGGUGGAGGGACAGAGGGGUCGGCGGGGGAUGUGCAUGCGGCGCUGGCGGCGCUGGGGCGUAAGCACUAUAAGUGGUAUUAUUCGACUGAGGAGGCGGGGCCGGAGAUGUCGAACUUGGCGGCGGAGGAGAUGCGGGCGUUUCUGCGUGGAUAUUUCCAUUUGAAGAGUGGGUCGUGGGCUGGGAAUCGGCCUCAUGCGUUGGGGAAAUGGGCUGCUGAGGACCUGGUGAAGUUGCCUGGGUAUUAUAUCAUGCCGGUUGAUAAGACGAUGCCAGAGACGGUGGCCAUUGAUAUGGCUGCAGAGCCGGCGGAGGCAUCGAAAUCGUGGUUGCCGGAUGACGAGCUUGCUGUUUAUGCUGGGGAGUAUGGACGGACUGGAUUCCAGGGCGGAUUGAAUUGGUAUCGGGUGCGCACAGCGGCUGGUGGGAACUAUACGCGGGACUUGGAUGUUUUCGCAGGAAAGAAGCUUGAGCCGCCUUGUGCCUUUGUUUCUGGGAAGUUGGACUGGGGAAACUACCAGGAGCCUGGAGCGAUUGAGAAGAUGAAGAACGGGAUAUCGUGUGCUGACCUUCGGAUUCUACGAUUAGUGGAUGGAGUUGGACACUGGACACCACAGGAGAGUCCCAAUGAGGUCUCGCGAGCUAUUUUGGAUUUAGUUGGUGGCCUGCGCGAGCAAUUGUAA